CCACCCAAUGGUUGGAAACACUGCGCGAGUCGCUAUGGUGACGGCGCUCGGCUUGACUGCGUGAUGGGUUGAGAGGUUGCGCGCGCGGCUUCUAGAGAGUGCUCUGCGCGAGCAUGUACUCCAAGAGUGUUCGGGUACCGUCGGAUAGUCAAGCCAGAGAAAAGCUAGCUCUGUAUGUUUAUGAAUAUCUGCUACAUGUUGGAGCUCAGAAAUCAGCACAGACCUUCCUUUCAGAGAUCCGAUGGGAGAAGAACAUCACGCUGGGAGAGCCACCUGGGUUCCUUCACUCCUGGUGGUGUGUUUUCUGGGAUCUCUACUGUGCAGCUCCAGAAAGGAGAGAAACAUGUGAACAUUCAAGUGAGGCCAAAGCUUUCCAUGACUAUGUGAGUGACUUGCUAAUGAGCGCAGCAGCCGUGUCCAGUCCUGCAAGUGGGAAUCUCCCUCCAGUAGAGGGAAUGCCAUUACCCCCCGGAUUCUUUCAGCAGUUCAUGUCCCCUCGUUGCCCUGGAGGCCCAAGAGCUCCUCUCAGAAUGCCCAGUCAGGCAAUGGGUCCAGGCAACCAGCCACUCUUAGGUGGGAUGGAUCCUUUGAGACAGCCAGGUCAUCUUCACAUGAAUGGUCCAAUGCAGAGAAUGAUGCCUCCAAGAGGAAUGGUUCCUAUUGGACCACAGAACUUGGCAGGUGGAAUGAGGCCUCCUGUACAUUCAUUAAUGGGACCAGCAAUGCCUGGCAUGGCUCCAGGAGGAGGAAGGUCUUGGAUAAAUCCUCCAAAUACCAACUCAAUUCCAUACUCAUCCUCAUCUCCAGGAAGUUACACAGGUCCAACAGGAAGUGGAGGAGGAGCUCCAGGGACACCGGUCAUGCCCAGUCCUGCAGAGUCAACCAGUUCAGGGGACAACAUGUACAGUGUGAUGAAUUCGAUCCCGCCAAAUGGAAACAGGCCAAAUUUUUCUAUUGGUCCUUGUGAUGGUGCAAUGGGAGCAGUUGGAGGAAUAGAUGCUCAUCCUCUGAAUGGCUCAUUAGUGUCAGGUGACAUUGACAGCCUCCCAAAGAGCUCCCCUGGGAACCUGAGUAUGAACACCCAGCCCAGUACACCAAGAGGUGAUGGAGAAAUGGCAAGCACCUUCCUCAACCCCUUUCAGAACGAGAGCUACUCUCCUAAUAUGACGAUGAGUGUGUGAGACUGAAUAGAGCCUUGAAGAAACAAAUGCACUUGGAUUCUCAUCGUCGAUGUUCCACAUGGGAGUGCCGAAGUGUAACAUUCAAACAUUUCCCUGGUCCAGCACAGCCAAUG